AUGGCUGAGUUGAACAAUCAACCUCGGAGUGUUGACGGUGGUACGGCGACAUUCAAUGACCAUCCGGGUUCACCCUUAAAUGUUGUCCCACAUAAUCAUUUACCUGAUUUUGCAUUUAAUGAAGAUGAAGAUGUGUUGGAUGAGAAUAGAGUUGUUGAAGAUCCUAAACCUAUUUCUAAAGAGUUUCCAGCACUCGAAGUUUUCCGAUCUGAAAACGAGAACGUGGACGAUUCUGCCUCAGAUCUGCAUCAAAACGGCACCAAUGAUGAUGAGGAUGGUGUUCAGAAUUGUAUUCAGGCGGACGAGGAAUUUUAUGUUCACCACACACCCAAUGGCACUAGAAUGUGGUGUCCUAAUGUUCCUACUAUUUUAAGGCCUGUUGUUGGUUGUGUAUAUGAAACGUGGAAGGAUGUGUUUAGAAUAUACAAGGAGUAUGCUGUGUAUUCUGGGUUUUCUAUUCGUAAGGGGCAAACCAAGAGAUGGAAGGGAGUUUUAGUGUCUCUGAUGGGUGGACAUCACAACGUACGUGGCACGCCAACUGAUUUUAAGAAUUGGAGCCAGUCAGUUAGGCUUUAUGUUGGUGACCGUGAUGCGCAACUUCUUAUAGAUCAUUUGAAAGAAAGAUCGGAGAGCUUACCAGACUUUUACUAUGAGUUUGUGGUUGAGAAAGGGCAACUGAGGUUGAUUUUUUGGGCAGACGAAAUUUCUAAGAUAAAUUAUGAGGUGUUUGGUGAUGUGUUAGCUUUUGAUGCGACUUAUCACACUAACAAGUACAUCAUGAUUUUUGUUCCUUUCAUCGGGGUUGAUAAUCACAAGCAAUGUGUGACAUUCGGUGCUGGCUUGCUAUUCAAUGAAACGACUGAGUCUUACAAGUGGUUACUUGAAUCAUUUCUGAAGGCACACAAGAAGCAACCAAAGUUAGUUCUGACGGACCAGGACCCUUCAAUGAAAGCUGCCAUUUUAGAGGUUUUCAUAGAGUCUCGGCACCGCCUUUGCAUGUGGCAUAUUAUGAAGAAACUUCCCAUCAAGAUUGCUGGAGACCUGUUACAAAACUCUGAGCUAAGGGCAUUGAUGCAUCGUUUGGUGUGGAGUAUUCACAUGAAGCCAUCUAUAUUUGAGACGCGUUGGCAACUUUUGAUGGAGGAAUAUGGGUUACAAGAUCACGACUGGUUGAAUGAUAUGUACUCAAUUAGGGACCAAUGGGUACCUGCCUACUUCCGUGAUAUCCCAAUGUGUUGUCUGAUGAAGACUACAUCAAGAAGUGAAAGCUCUAACUCAAGCUUCAAGGUCCACUCUUCUAGUGCUAACACACUAGUUCAGUUCAUGCUAUGUUAUGAAACUAGGAUAGACAAUCAGCGUUACAGGCAACGUGUUGCAGAGUUUAAAACUUCAUCUAGUGUAUUCAUGGACACUACUGAGUUAGCUAUCGAGAAGCACGCUUUUGAGUUGUACACACAUGCCAUUUUCACAGAAGUAAGAAAAGAGAUAUACAAGGGGAAGUUGUCUUGUUACAUUGUAAACACAGAGGAUUGUGAUGAUGUUUUACUAUGUGAAUCAGUUGGACAAACGAAACAAUGCAACCAACACAUUCACGGUAACUUGCUAAGCUUUGUUGUUAAGCGUUGGACUAGGGACGUACUUCCUAAAAGUUUAUUUUCUGUUGAGAGUCGCUACGGCAUUGACACCCGUCCACAAGCUGCUGCGAGAAGUCAGAUUCUUGAGAUUGUAACCGAGUAUGUAGACGCCUUAAGAAGUGAUGUUGGAGGACUUUCUUCUUUCGCUGAGCAAAUAAAGGAACUGAAAUGUAAGUUACUAAAUGGAGGACCAGUUGAUGAUGACGAAGCCAACAAUGAUAACUAUGCUGCUGUUGAAGAAUUACUUGGUGUUUCUUUAGAUGGGGAUGUAACUCUCAACAACCCAGACGGGGUCAGGAACAAAGGAUGCGGCAAAUGUCGACGAUCGUCUAGACCAGCUCAGGACGCAAUGAGCAACUCUGCCGUCAAACCUCCCAAAACACCCAGGCUUUGCCGAAUAUGUAUGAAGUACGUGAUUGGGCAUGAUUCAAGAAAUUGCAAGAAAAAGAAGAAGAAGAAGCAAUCGGCUAACGAGGAUGAUGACUCAAGCUCUGGGAGUCAGGAGUCCACUUGA